AGAAAAAUCAGAUCAAAUCGAGUUAAAUUAGGAGGUGCAGUGAUUUCAAUUUGUCUGGAGCUGGUGCUCUGAAAUUCGAAAAAUGGAAGACGAAUCGUCGCAUUCAAUUAAGUUGGUGAACUUCGUCUCCGAGCAACAGUUAGAUGAAGCAAAAAGAACUAGAGGUGAACGAAUUGAAGAUGGCACUGCCCAGAGGGAUAGGCCUCUGUACGAGAUUUUGAAGGAAAAUAAAGACAAGAAAGAUGCAGAGUUUAAUGAACGGUUCAAACAUAGGCCACCCAAAGCUUUGGAUGAAGACGAAACUGAGUUUCUUGAUAAAUUGGUGAUGUCAAGAAGGGAAUAUGAACGACAAGUGGCGGAUGAGGAAGCUGAACAGUUGCGAAGUUUCCAAGCAGCUGUUGCAGCACAGUCCAAUGUCGUGCUUGAACUAAAAGAAACACCACCUGUUCUUGCAAACCAGGAACAAAAAACAGUUGGGAAGAAGAAUCCAGCCACUCGGCCUCUAGGUAUGCUCAUAAAAGUGAAGCCACAAGCAAAAAGGGCAAAAACCGAGCCGGAGGAAAAACUCGUAAGUGGAACAAAGGCACCUGAUGUUGAUAAUGUGGAAUCACCUAAAAGUGAUCCCGAUAAGUCCCUUAAUGUUGCUAAGACUGGUCUUGUUUCAUACAGUGAUGAAAGUGAAGAUGAUGAUUAGGAUUAUUUUAUUUUCAAUAUUACUGGAAUUACUAUUACUGAUAUAGUUUAUGGAAUCUUGUUUCUAUCC